AUGGCAAAAGGAACUCAGUCAGAAAGCUCAAGCGGACAGACAAAUAGCGCUGUAAAGGCAGCUAUGAGAAAAAGAGGAGCAGUAACCAGUAAAUUAUAAUUAGAAUCUAAAAGCGCUGGAAGAAGUGACGGAAGCUCAGCUGGAGAGUUAAAAUUGUACACAGAAGAUGCGCCAGGCUUACAAAUUGGCCCUAGUACAGUUCUAUUACUUUCGCUAUCUUAUAUUGCUGUGGUGGUUAUCCUACAUAUCAUUGGAAAACUUAAAGGCUAA